CUCCGUCUUUUUAGAGCUCCUCCAUUUCCGCUUCUUCCCCCGCCUCCUCCUCCUCCAAAUUCCGAUCGCUUCCUCGAACCCUAACCCCGGUUUCCCAUUCGAAUCCGAGAUCGUUGGGCUUCUACGUCGUCGGCUGUUGACGAAUCUAGGAUUUUUCGGCGACCAUGUCGGUGCCCGCGAUCGCCAUCUACGCCAGCGCCCCCGGCGGCCUCUGCUUCGCCCCCGACUUCGACCUCGCCCCCCGGCAGCCGCCGCCGCCGCAGCCGCACUCCGCCUCCGGCGGCGCCGCAGUCGCCGGAGGUCUCUCGUGCCUCUUCUCCUCCCCCGCCGGCCCCCGCCAUGCGUCGUCGCUGUCGUCGCCGAGCUACUCCGGCCGCGACGAGCCCGACGAGCUGGGGAGCUCGUAUUCAUACACCUCCCUCAAGUGCCGGAACCCUAGCCCUGUGUCGGUGUUCCAUAGCCCCGUCUCCUAUGGCGGAUCUUCUCGAAGCCCGCCGUUGGCUAGAGCUUCUCGGGAGUGGAGGGAGUGGAGAGCCCGACGAGAUCGGCUCUUCAAUGGAUUCAUUAGGAACGCAUUGGGUUCUUGCCUGGAUUAUGCCCCCCAGAGCCCCAAAUCGGUAGGGGAAGGGCGGCUUGAUGUCGAGGAAUUACCGUUUGAAUUGGAUGAGAAUUUGGUAGAGAUAGAGCGCUUUUGCGAUCCAUACACAAAGAAAAUGCUUGUUGAGGCUCAAUCGCGGCAUAAGAUCUUCCAUGAGGAGUUGGUGGUGAAAGCUUUCUAUGAAGCAGAGACAGCUCACAGGGGUCAGAUGAGGGCGAGCGGAGAUCCCUACUUGCAGCAUUGUGUCGAGACCGCAGUUCUACUAGCAAAGAUUGGUGCUAACCCGACGGUAGUCGCUGCGGGACUCUUACAUGAUGCUCUAGAUGAUUCUUUUAUGGAUUAUGAUCAUAUCUUCCAUGUGGUUGGAUCUGGUGUAGCCGACCUUGUUGAAGGGGUCUCAAAACUAAGCCAAUUAAGCAAGCUUGCUCGCGACAAUAACACGGCAAACAAAAGUAUCGAGGCGGACCGCCUACACACAAUGUUUCUCGCUAUGGCUGAUGCCAGAGCUGUUCUUGUGAAGCUAGCGGACCGACUGCACAACAUGAUGACUUUGGAGGCAUUACCCGUAGCCAAACGACUGAGAUUUGCGAAGGAGACUAUGGAGAUUUUUGUUCCUUUGGCGAGUAGAUUGGGAAUCUAUAGUUGGAAGGAGCAGCUGGAGAAUAUCUGCUUCAGGAUUUUAAAUCCAGGGGAGCACAAAGCGCUGUCCUCCAAACUAGUAAAGACAUUUGAUGAAGCACUUAUUUCAGAAGCGAUAGCAAGACUAAAAAACAGUCUCGACGAUAGAAGCAUUUCUUAUCAUCUUCUAUCUGGGAGGCAUAAGAGCUUGUAUAGUAUUUACAACAAGAUGCUAAAGAAGAAGAUAACCAUGGAUGAGAUCCACGAUAUCCAUGGACUACGAUUGGUAGUUGAAAACGAAGAAGACUGCUACCGAUCACUGGAUGUGGUUCAUAAGUUAUGGCCCGUAGUACUUGGGAGGUUCAAGGACUACAUUGCUCACCCCAAAAUAAAUGGGUACCAAUCUCUGCACACUGUCGUUCUUAGUGAAGGCAUGGUCCCAUUCGAAGUUCAAAUUCGAACAAGGGAGAUGCAUUUGCAAGCCGAAUAUGGGCUUGCUGCUCAUUGGAGGUACAAGGAAGGUAGCUGCAAGCACUCAUUUGUGCUCCAAAUGGUGGAGUGGGCUAGAUGGGUCGUUACCUGGCAAUGCGAGACGAUGAGGACUGACCGGUCUUUUUCGUUCGGUGACAAUAACAAGAUUAGGCCGCCAUGUCCGUUUCCAUCUCAUUCUGAUGACUGCCCUUAUUCAUAUGCACUCCAGUGCAACCACGAAGGCCCCAUUUUCGUCAUAGUGCUGGAUAAUGAGAAGAUGUCAGUGCAGGAAUUUCCGGAGAAGUCGACCAUGAGUGAUCUAUUAGAAAGGGUUGGUGGAGCGAGCUCUAGGUGGACCCAUUACAACUUUCCUCUGAAAGAAGAGCUGAGGCCGAGAUUGAACAAUGAACCAGUGAGCAACCCGAGCCAGAAGCUGAAUAUGGGGGAUGUGGUGGAGCUGACGCCGGCUCUGCCCCGCAAGGCCUUGACGGAGUAUAGGGAGGAAAUCCAGCGAAUGUAUGAAGGACAACUCAAUUUGUCCGGUCGGCACUUCCGUAGUAACUGACCAGCUCCUAUUCUGCAGUAUGCCGAUUUGUUGUAGCUCUAACCAAUUGAUUCAUUGUACAUAGCAAGUAACUGUACAGUUAGUGUAGAGUAAUUGCAAAGGAAAUUCUUGAGUUCAAAGUUCUUGAGUGGCAGUAAUGUAGGUUGAGAGAGGUUAAUUCAUUUUCUCACAUCCAGAUUUAUUAUUGAUAUUUGUUCUCAAUGGUUGUAAUCUUCAGGGUUGUAUUGAAAAAGCUAUUCUGAGGGAUGUAUGGGGCUUAACUG